AGUUCAAGAAAAUGGCGAAUGUGCGUGAUAGUGAUACGUCUUUGUGGCUCCACAAUAAACUGGGAAUUUCGAACGAUUCCUGGACAGGAGGCUCAAUAUGUUCACAAUUAAACGCAGAAGUACUGAGAAACAUAAAAGAUUGUUUUCCAGAUUUGCAAACUCAAGUCAAGCUAAAAUUGUUGCUGAGUUUCUUCCAUAUCCCGCGCAGAAAUUUGGAAGAGUGGAAAACAGAAUUAGAACAGAUUCUUGAAGUGGCUUUAUCAGAUUCAGAAUUAUGGGUAGCUAUGCUGGCAGAUGCUUUGAAAACAUAUCCUUCAACAGGGUCCUUGAACACAGAAAUAUCAGAAGUUGAUGAAGUGAGACCUAUUUUCUCAGAUUUGGUAACUGAUCUACGAAAAUUGGUCCGUAAACAGAAUGAACACAAUAUGUUGCCCAUGGAAUGUCAUUAUCUGAAUAAAGGGGCACUUGUAUCAGUAGUUGGUAAUAGACCAGAGCCACUGAAACAUUUUACCAUUAAGAAAAAACCCAAAUCUGCAUUACUCAGAGCUGAUCUUAUGCAAAAGUCCUCUGAUGCUGCUUCAAAUCUGAAUAAGAAAUCUUGUGCACCUGUUAUACCUGUUAGAUCAAGAGGAAUGCCAAGAAAGAUGACUGAUACCACACCUCUAAAGGGUAUACCAAGUAGAGUACCUUCAUCUGGCUUUCGUUCAGGCAUACUGAAUAGUAAUGCAAAUAACAGACCCCCAAUAUCUAGGGUGCCUGCAGGCAGAAAAGAAGGUGGUGUCAAAUUAUUAGAUAUUGCAGAUCAACCAUUAGGAUAUGCUGCUGCCAAAAAAAGGAAGAAGAUGCAAGAAAUGGAAGAUGCUAAAAAAGCAACAGAAAAUGCAGUUUUACAGAGUCCACCUCCUGUUUCUGCCACUACCCCUGAUUAUGCUGCAGGUUUGAACACAACCCCCUCAUAUGCCCCACCCACCCCACAACCUACAAUUGCACCAACAGCAGCUCCCGCCCCCUCCGCCUUACCCGGUCCCCUGCCCGCCUCCCUGCCAGCCGCCGUCGUCUCCCCGCCCGCCCCCGCCGCCCUGCCGCCCCCCUCCCUGCCCGCCGCGCAGCAGGUCACCCCGCCCGCCCCCGUCGUCGCUGCCGCCGCCCCGAUCGUCGUCGCGGCGGCGCGGCCCCAGCAGCCCGUCGCCGCGCAGGCGCAGUUCGCGCAGCAGGGGCGGCCGGUACCGCCCCUUUUGGCCACGACGGCGGCCGGACAGAGGGCGAUGGUGGCCGAGCAGCCGCAGCAACAGGUACAGCAAGUUCAACAACAAAUCAUCAGCACCCCAGUGGUUGUUACUCAGAGGCCAAUACAGCAGCAACCCCAGCCUACAGUUACUCACAUCAGGAUUCAACCUCAGCCUUCUGGAAAUGCUCUACAGAGGAGGGGGUUGGCUCUUACACGAGAGCAAAUGCUGGAGGCCCAAGAUAUGUUCCGCACGGCGAACAAAGUCACUCGUCCCGAGAAGGCGCUCAUACUCGGCUUCAUGGCGGGCUCGCGCGACAACCCGUGCCCCCACCUCGGCAACAUCGUCACCAUCAAGCUGUCCGAGGACCAGGAGAACGUGCUGCAGGCCGACGACACCUUCCUCACCGUGCUGGUGGAGACGCACUUCCAGAUGAACUACAACAACGGCGAGUGGAAGAGGAUCAAGAAGUACCGGCACGUGGAGAACGUGGUGGAUCAGAUCACGCAGAGCGCUCCGACGGCGGCCUUGGUUGGAGAUGCACUUCUAGAUGAACUACAACAACGGCGAGUGGAAGAGGAUCAAGAAGUACCGGCACGUGGAGAACGUGGUGGAUCAGAUCACGCAAAGCGCUCCGACGGCGGCCUUGGUGUGACCGAAAACAGUAGGGUAAUUGUAGAUAGAGAUGUGGCAUCGAGAUUUUUAGUUGUCAUUGGGGGGUUCAAGCGUGAAAAGUUUGGUUGUCAACAGCGCUUCGUACGGAUGGGUUGCGUGCAAGAACUGUCAGAUGACCGACCCUGGAGUGGAGAUGCACUUCUAGAUGAACUACAACAACGGCGAGUGGAAGAGGAUCAAGAAGUACCGGCACGUGGAGAACGUGGUGGAUCAGAUCACGCAAAGCGCUCCGACGGCGGCCUUGGUGUGACCGAAAACAGUAGGGUAAUUGUAGAUAGAGAUGUGGCAUCGAGAUCUUUAGUUGUUUUGGUUUGCAAGUCUCGCUUCAUCAUUGGGGGGUUCAAUUUGCAGAGCAGUCAGAUUGUGAAGCGUGAAAAGAUUGGUUGA